GCCUUCAGGACCAACCUUUUUCCUGUGUGAAACAACUUUAAAAAGCUACAUUCGUCGCCUCACCAUUGGAUUUUCCAUAGCGGUCCCGCUUCUAUUGCACUAUAAAGACAUGCUGUUAACUUUGUUGUCAUAACAUCACUGCAACACCGGUGUCACUUCCCGCCAAAACCAGUGGCCAUGGCUCUAUUAGUUCACAUCUUUACUGCAAUUGUCGCUUUAAACCUUGUUGGACGAGUCGCUCUGCAGACGGAUCAAACAGUUCGUCAGACUAUUCAGGCUAUUCAGUUUGAUUUAGCAGCAAUCAAAUCGAAGCUUCAAAGUUUUUCAGAACCCCGUCCGGCCUUCCUUGCAGUAUGGACAGCGGAUACUGUUGCUUUGAGGAGCGGUGAUAUAAUAAAAUUUAACAAUGUUGUCACAAACUUAGGCAAUGGUUAUAGUCCUGGAACAGGAAAAUUUAAGGCCCCAAAACAAGGUACUUACUUUUUUGGAGGUACAGUAAUGUCUGCUCCCCCUAGUCCACUACGUAUGAUGUUGAUGAAGAGUGGAACAUCAAUUAUGAUUCCCUAUGCAAGCGAAACACAAGGGGAUAGUUACACGUUUACAGCCGUCCUGCAAUUGAAUUUAGGAGAUACCGUUUAUGUCCAGAAAGAUAAUAGACCGGAAGCGGAAAAGGCGUUUGGGCGUUCCCAUUCUACAUUCUCUGGAUUCAUGAUAUCUGAACCUGCAAACUGAACCGUCUGACUGUACAUUACAUAUUGAGAUUUUGAAAUGCAAAGUAUAUUGCUUCUUUCUUCAGGAGCCAGAUACAAGUUUCCAGAUAAACUGAUAUGGCAAACUAUCCAAAACUUCGCAACACAAAUAUUAAUAGGCACAUCCGAUAACAGACAUAUCAAAUCACCACACAUGAGAUAACAGAAGUAUCAAAUCGUCACGUUUCAGAUAACCGACAUGUCAAACUGCCAUUUCCAAUGAAACAAAAAAUUACAAACUGUCAACGUCUUAAAAUAAACUGAACACACCUGCAUAGAUAUUGCUUCGCUUACAUAUUAAUUCACAAAUAAAUGUAUUAUUUCAAAAGU